AAUCCUGCUGUGAGUUCGAGGAGGAGUCAAGAACUUUGUGUUCUCACAUCACACACCCACUUGUGCCAAUCGAGCUGUUGAUUGAGGUGAACACUGCUCCGUAUUCCCUGCCAGCUCGAGUUUUCCAACAUUCCUCAUCCAUGCAGCAUCUUCACACGCAGUGAGAGUGACUUUCCACCGGAGCUCUGAGAGAAAGCUCUUCACGGGGAGCCUGAGCACUUCAAGCAGGUGUUUGUGUGGCCACAAGGCCCAAAGGAGGAGGACAACCAACAACAAAUUACACCAUGUCCACUGGGAAGAAUGCACCUGGUACAGAAAACUCCACACAGAUCUCCCUACAGGGCUGUCUUGAUGAAUGCAUGGAGGCUUUGGAUCUGUUCCUCAACAACCACUUCAAUGAAAGCUUGGACAAACUACGGCCACGGUCUAAGCAGAGCAUGUAUCACGCUCUGAUCUACGCCACAGUAUUAGAGAUGCAGGCCAUGAUGACCUUCCAACACGACGACAUCGUGCAUGCUGGGAACACGAUGAAGAGCGCUCAGGAGGUGUGCCAGAGAUUCCGUAGGAAAUCUGGUAGUCUUGGGUCCCGAGGAGCAAAUGAUGAUCUCUCAGAAGAACAGCUCCAUGCUGAAGUGUGUUACGCCGAGUGUUUACUACACAGAGCCGCUCUCACGUUCUUACAGGAUGAAAAUAUGGUUAGUUUUAUUAAAGGAGGAAUCAAAGUACGGAACAGCUACCUCAUAUACAAGGAGUUGCACGCAUUCGUCCAGUCAGACACAACUUUCAAAGGACCAAACCACAAGCAUUUAGAGGGCGGAGUCUCUUUUGGGAUAGGUGCUUUCAACUUGACUCUUUCACUGUUUCCUGCCCGGAUACUCAAGUUGCUAGAGUUCGCUGGCUUUUCUGGAGAUAAGGAAUUUGGCAUCUCUCAGCUGUACACCGGUGCCACCUCUCAUACCCUGCGCUCCAUGCUGUGCGCCCUCCUCCUACUCUGUUUCUACACCUUCCUCUCCUUUAUUUUAGGUACUGGAGAAGGGGAGGUGGAAGAGGCAGAGCGCCUGUUAAAGCCGUUUCGACUGCGAUACCCACGUGGAGCGAUUUUUCUCUUUUUUGCAGGUCGAGCAGAAGAAAUAAAGGGCAACAUUGAUGAGGCGGUGGCGCUGUUUGAGGAUGGCUGUAAGGCCCAGCAGGCCUGGAAACAGUUUCAUCACAUGUGCUACUGGGAGUUGAUGUGGUGUUUCACCUUCAAGAGGCACUGGAAGAUGGCGUACUUCUAUGCGGACCUGCUCAGCCAGGAGAGCCGCUGGUCUAAGGCCAUGUACGUGUACAUGAAGGCGGCUUAUCUCAGCAUGCUUCCAGACACAGAAUCCCGGCCGUUCGGGGAUAAUGAAGUGGAUCUCUUUAGACAGGUACCGACAUACAAACAGAAGAUAGCGGGGAAAUCUCCACCCACAGAGAAGUUUGCCAUUCGCAAAGCAAGACGGUACAAAGCCAGCAAUCCGAUCAGACUUCCUGUUCCUGUGCUUGAGAUGAUGUACAUGUGGAAUGGUUUCUCCAUGAUCAGCAAACAGCCUGAGCUGACAGAGGGCAUGAUGGAGACGCUGUUAGAGGCAGAGCGCACCCUACAGGCCGCUCCUGAGAAUGAAUACUCCGUAGAUGACACGUGUGUAAUCCUGCUUCUGAAAGGCCUGUGUCUGAAGAACCAAGGACAGUUGCAGGCAGCAGAGGACUGUUUCAGACAGGUUUACAGCAGUGAAAAGAAGUUGAAGUUUGAUCAUUACCUGGUUCCUAAUGCUCUGUUGGAGUUGAGUCUCCUGUUCAUCGACACAGGGAGGAAAGAGCAAGCCAUUAAACUACUGCAGAAAGCCAAAAAUAACUACAAGGAGUACUCAAUGGAGUCUCGUACGCAGUUCAGGGUCCAUGCGGCCCUCACCAAACUCAAGGCUGACACCAGCGACCAAGAUGAAAUAACAACAUUGUAAGGAAAGAUGAUGCUAAGUCAAUGGCGUCUCCUCUCAGAAGACUAGAGCAGUUACAAGGUCACUUUAUGGGGAGAAUGAAAGACCAAAGACACAGUGUGGUUUUCAUGCAGUGGUACUGCCCACAGUUAACCCGUCUCACGUUAUUGGGCGGAAUCAUGGGAGACACUAAACACUUCAUUUGUACGUUCUCCUCCAGGAGGUUAGAUGCCAAAUUGAUGUUUAUUUUAGUCAGAUAGUAAAUAGAUGAAUGGAUAUUUCAAAUGUAAACCAGGGGGUUAAGCUCCUUUGUGUUAAAAUGUAAUAAAUUGUACAUUUUAGGGAGCAUUAUAAAUCAAAUUAAUAUUUUUUUUUUUGGUUUUUGUUUUUCUCAGAUCCUGUACAGGUUUAAUAAGGGAAAACUGACAGUGUUUACAAAAAAAUUAGACGAACCAUUUUACACUAAGUUGUAAUGAUGAUUAAACGUGUUGAUUAUUGUAAGGCUGAGUGUGAGAUUGAUACUUUAAUAUUAUUGAUUAUUAUAUUCCUUUCUUGAAUAAAUCAAGAAUGUUUAUAAUAAUCAGAUGGUUCAAAUAUACCAUCAUAAAUAUUCAAUUGUCAAAAGCUAUGGUUAUUUUUUUGUUAUGAAAUACAUUUUAUUAGUUAAUAUUUAAUCAAUUAUUGAUAAAAUAUUUUUGGAAUGUAUAAUUUAUGCAUAAUUUUAUAGUAAAUUAAGUCGUACAAUUAAUGCAGUUAUUUAGCAAUAAAUGCUAUGGGUUACUGUGUGAAUAAAUCAGUUUCCAUGACAAAUUACAAAAUUUUUGCUUUUCUUUACUUAAACUACAACUUUUCAAAAUUCAAUGAGGAAUUAUUAUACGUUACUAAAUUUAGCUCUUUGAAACAGAUUUUCAAAAGUGCCUUUUUCCAAAAAAAUUGUAUUUGUGCAAAGUGUAUAAUAUUCACAUUUCUAGUAAUUGUGCAGUUAAUUCUCAUAUUGGAAUAUUUGUCUGCUCCCCAAAUUUGUCACUAGUGAAACACAGUAAUAAUAAUUUAAUUAGAAGGGUUAUAUUGACCUAUUAAGAUUUUGCUUACAUCUACAUUAAUAUAUAUUUUAUAUAUAUUUUUUUCCAGAGGUAAAUCAAUAACAAUUACAUUUUAAACAAUAUUUCAAGUGUUUUCAAUGAGAUUUGUUGUAUUUUUAAUCCAAUUUUUCUUUGUAAAAUGCAAAAAGUUGAUCAUACUGAUUUUAAAGUUAAGGAUUCAUUAGUUUGAAUAUACAUUGAACCAAACACUGUCAUAACAUCUUAGUUGAUAAUUCAGUAUUUUUGACAAAAGAUCCUAUGUUUCAGUAGUGACUGUGAGGGGCACGUAUUUCCUGAUCAUAAAUGCAGGGGUGUAGUUUAAAUCAGUCUCAGGCAUACAUAGACUGUUUCGGUAGUGACAUGAAAAAUUUGGGACACUUUUUUUUUUUUUUUUUUACAUAAAGUUUCCUAAUUUACAAAGAAAAAAUACAUAUUUUUUAACUUUUCUUUUUUAAAUAAUCAAAAAGAUACUUAUAAAAACCACAAUGGAAUAAAAUGCAGAAAUUAUUUCAAUAUUUUCAUAAUUUAGGGGUUAGGAUUCGGGAAUUGAAAAGUAUCCAAUAAAUGAUGAUUUUAAAUAUAUCAAG